UCCAAAGUGCAUAAUAUAUUAUUAUUCACUUUGACUAUGUUGAAUCGUAAUUUUCACCAUUUUAUUCACGGUCUAGAGUAUGAUAAUUAUGCCGUUUGAAUUUUGAGAACUUUUGAUUUCAGCAGAGUCCGGGAAAGACUACUUUUUCGAAGCCUACAGUUUCGAACAUUUUGUUAGAAUCUAUCCAGAGUUUUCGGGAUGCCUUCUCGGCCCAGCGAUGCAACCUCGACUGCAACUCCAAAUAGGAAGCUAAUCAAGAUUUCGCAGCGAAGCAGGCAAACCACAGCCAGCAAGGACAAGCAGAAAAUAACUGGCGGCGCUCUCCAGAAACCCAAGCGCACCAAGAAGAAAGAGGUGCCAACUAAAAGCGACAAGGAAACACAGACUCUGCCUUGCAAAGGAACGCAAACACACGAUGAGCUGUUACAAAGCCGGGAGGAGCAGUUCUUUCAGCUGCUGAAAGAACGGAAAGCGUCAAACGUAAGAUACAACCAGGACUUUAUAAUAUAUAAAACUUUAUUAAUUAUUAAGUGUAUAAAAUGAUUGUAACGUACUGUA